ACUAUAUUUGAUAAAAACCACGGUAGAGUACCAUGAUAAAAACGUAAACAAAUUGAAGACAACGAUGGAGUGCAGUAAAAACACUGAACCGUUAGAGAGUCUUAAAAGAAUCGAAACAUUCUUGCAGUCACCACCGUUGGAUGACACAAAUGCGCCACAUUAUGUAGAGCAAUUGAAAGCGCUGCGCAACCUUUGUGCCAGGGAUCCGGCGCAUCAGAAUGCAAUUUCUGAGCACGAAAAAUUCAACGAACAGUUGCAUCAGCUACUAUUUGUUAACAGCAUUACACCUAAACCGCCACAAACUCUACAACUAAUGGCGCUACAGUUACUCGCAAAUGCAAUUGUGCAAAAUCCAAAUUCGCAACGCAACAUUUGGCAACGUCAUGGCGCUGCUAUUGUAGAGUGUGGAUUGGUGGCACCACUUGGUCCUCAUACUAAUAUACUGCUUAUGAUAGUGUACAAUGUGUUGAAAGGUGCUGCAGUGUCGAAUAUGGAACAACAGGCGUUGUGUGCUGCAGUUCGCGCAUGGCAAACAAUUGUAGACGAACGCAGCGAGGAUAGCUAUGAAUUUCUACAUUUUCUCUUUGAACAUUUCAUUGUUCAUGGUGGACACAAUACUGUGCGCUAUUAUGCGCACUUGACGCCGGGGGAACGCAUUUUCUUUCUCGAAUAUUUAGUGCAUUAUCUGCGUCAAGACAGUCCAAAUGGCCACAUACAUCAAUUCCUGUUGAAAUACAUAACAAAAGAGUUCAAUAUAAAGUCUGACCGUAUAUUAAUCUGCAAGCCGGAUAGCGCGCAGAUGCCUGCCACUGAUCCAAUGCCCGCACGCGAAGCUUAUGCGCUAUUGCGUGUAAUUGCCAGCGCGACUGGAAGUGAAUUCUAUGCCGACAAAUAUGUGAGCGAGCAGUCACUAUUUUUGAAUGUGAGUAGCCUGUUACGUUGCCUGGCGCAAGUGGGUAAAGAGUCGCAAAAUAUUUUUACGCCCAUGAAUAAAUUGGAAGAAGUGGCACUCACAUCGAAGAUUUCGCGUGAUUUCGAAACCGAGUUGUCAUUUGAGCUGAAAACCUUAUUAGUGCGUUGCAUUGCGAAUUUGCUUUACAAAAAUCCAGCCAAUCAAGACUACUGCAUAGACACACAAUUGCUGCCCACUUUGCUGGAAUGUACCAAUAUGGAUGCAAGAAAUCCAUUGCUGAAAGAGUGGAGCAUAUUGGCAAUUCGCAAUGCAUGUUACGGUAGUCCAGAGAUACAGGCAAUGAUAUCGAAUAUGACCAAUAAAGGUGCUGCUCAAAAUGACAUCAUUGACGAAUUAAACUUGGAUAUGGGUGCUCUGCGCAUUAAGCCUAGUCGAUAAACCUGUCCACUUGAAAAAAACUGGAUAUGUAUUUUACGGUCUAAAGUUAUAAUCAAAUCCUUGUAUGGACAACUUUUUUAUUUGUCGAGAUAUCUUAUAUAUAACUAUAAUAUAUCAUAUAACUGCCAUACAAACUGAACGAUCA